GCGGAGUCAAGAAACGCAAUCGGAGUAUUCCUUUGAAGGUUAACUCCGAGUUUGUCAAACGGUUUGACUGGCUUGACAAUCAGUUCUGAUCAGUUCGUUAACAGCCUUGGUUGUUGAUCGAUCGGUCGGUCGAUCGUUCGUCAUGCCUAUCGCCGUGCGAAUACAUUAACUCGUUGUUACACCCUCACGUACACACACCCGUCGCAGAGACCAAGCCGGGUGGGAUUCACCUCGACCAACCUCGACGUUUCUCACGUCGCACGAAAGUGCCGUCCAUCAGGGUAUGUCGUCGCGGGGCCGUGCAAUACGGUAAAAUGUUGCCGCCGCUGGCCGAUCGAGAUCAUUCGUUGACAACCAGGUGAAGAUGGAAGAUGACGCUGACCUCAGGGAACAAUUGUUUCUCAACACCGUGCGCGAGAAUAUAAUAUAUCUGCUGCUUUUUUUGCUGCUAUAUAUUUCAAGUUACGCGCUGAUCGCGCGUUUUAGACGCCGGGAUCGCGAGGACUACCUGUCGGUGGACGAGGAUGAGGCCACCGUGUACAGGAUCAGUCUCUGGCUGUGCACAGUCGCCCUGGCGAUUUCCGUCGGCGCGACCCUCUUACUUCCGGUGUCUAUCGCUAGUAAUGAGGUCCUCAUCUUAUAUCCAAACAGCUACUAUGUCAAGUGGCUCAACAGCUCCCUCAUCCAAGGUCUAUGGAAUCAUGUGUUUCUAUUCUCGAACUUGUCACUUUUCGUGUUUCUGCCUUUCGCCUAUCUCUUCACGGAAUCGGAGGGUUUUGAAGGCCAUAAAAAGGGCGUGAUGGCGAGAGUAUAUGAAACAGUGACAGUUCUCUGUCUCUUGGGUACUCUCGUAUUAGGAAUGACCUAUGUCUUGUCGGCCCUGUUGGAUUAUCAAAACUCAAGUUUACACACAUUGCUCAAUUUAUGGAGUUAUUAUUUGCCUUUUCUAUAUUCCUGCGUCUCGUUCGUCGGCGUAGUAAUGUUAUUACUAUGCACUCCAGUGGGUUUCGUACGACUGUUCGAUGUGGCGGGGUCGUUUCUUGUUAAACCCCAAUUUCUAAAGAACUUAGAUGAGGAGUUCUUCGCGUAUAGAUUAGAGGAGGACUGCAUCCGCAGAAGAUUACAGCACGUAAAAGCUACGGGGAAGUCAUACGUAUCGCCGGUGCCGAUGUCGCCGGCGACGAAUUGUGGCUGGUUGCCGCACGAGGACGAUGAGCCACUACUGUGCAUAAGUCCGAGUCUGCUGUGUCUGAGGAACGGUGCUCUGCAAAAGGGUCUUUCUCAACGGCUGGAUGAUGUUCAGAAGCGGCGACAGUUGCUGGAUCAACAGCGGAGGACCUGGUGGGUCCGGCGUACGCUACUUUAUCCGGUAGCGAUGUUGGCGCUGCUCGUUCUAUCCACCGCCACGGCUCUAUUAGCGGUGCAAAACACUAUAGAAUUACUGAUAGGCAUCAAGGCGUUGCCAUUGAGCACGAGGCAAUUUACGCUCGGCAUCAGUUCCCUGUCCAAGCUCGGACCCAUCGGUGCAGCCAUCGAGGUGGCAGUGAUUCUUUAUCUGGCCGUAACUAGCGCGAUCGGCCUGUACACUUUACCAGGCGUGAGAAUGGUCCAACCAAGGUUCCGCUCCACGCCACUCACACAUCUCAUUGCGAAUUGCGCUCUCUUGCUUGUGCUAAGUUCGGCAUUACCGCUGUUAUCGCGAAUACUAGGAAUGACAAACUUUGAUCUAUUGGGUGAUUUCGGACGCAUCGAGUGGCUCGGUAACUUCAAACUCGUUCUCCUCUACAACCUGAUCUUCGCGACGGCGGCGAUCAGCUGCCUGACCACCAAGUUCACGGCUACUGUGCGCAAGGAGAUCUACGCCCGUCUAAGGAGCAGCCUGCUCGGCAUCUUUAGGACCACGAGUGUCACCGCCGACGCGAAGAAAUAUUCACCGUCGUCAGGGAUAUUUUCUAUAAAGGAAGAUUAG